GAUUGGUCGCGCAGGCGCAGGGAAGGAUCCGUUUUGGCGGGCGGUUGGCGUUGCGCAGAACGCGGCGGCAGCGGCGGCCUGUGGUCCGGCCUCACCACCGAGGAACAGGGGAGACGUUAGCGUGUGUGAUCGGUCUCGAUCCCGGAGGAUGGCUUUAGCUGAUCAUCGUACUAAUGGGAAGGAGUCCAGGUCAUCCUGAGAAGAGUUGGCUUGUGCAGAGUCCAGGACGCAGAUUUGUUGGAUUUCUGAACCCGGUGGCCUUAGUCUUUCAGGUGGAACAGCGUGAGACAUGGGAAAGAAAACCAAGCGGACAGCUGACAGUUCUUCUUCAGAGGAUGAGGAGGAGUACGUCGUGGAGAAGGUGCUAGACAGGCGUGUGGUUAAGGGGCAAGUGGAAUAUCUACUGAAGUGGAAAGGCUUUUCCGAGGAGCACAAUACUUGGGAACCUGAGAAAAACUUGGAUUGCCCUGAGCUAAUUUCUGAGUUUAUGAAAAAGUAUAAGAAGAUGAAGGAGGGUGAAAAUAACAAACCCAGGGAGAAGUCAGAGGGUAACAAGAGGAAAUCCAAUUUCUCAAACAGUGCUGAUGAUAUCAAAUCCAAAAAAAAGAGAGAGCAGAGCAAUGAUAUCGCUCGGGGCUUUGAGAGAGGAUUGGAACCAGAAAAGAUCAUUGGGGCAACAGAUUCCUGUGGCGAUUUAAUGUUCCUAAUGAAAUGGAAAGACACAGAUGAAGCAGACCUGGUUCUUGCAAAAGAAGCUAAUGUUAAAUGUCCACAAAUUGUGAUAGCAUUUUAUGAAGAGAGACUGACGUGGCAUGCGUAUCCUGAGGAUGCGGAAAACAAAGAGAAAGAAACAGCAAAGAGCUAAAGGAGGGGGUGGUCUCUGCCAUUUCUCUUUGUACAUAAUACAUUCACCUCCCUGCCUCCUCUCCCUCUACCCACCCCCUUCUAUCCUAAACACAUCCAUAAAAAAUGUGCUUAUCACUGUGCUCCACAGGAGAAAUGUUGGUAUUGGUUCUCUUGUAACAUAACUGAUGGUCUGAUUCAUGAUAAGUGUCUCUCUGUGAAGACCAGGCAUUUACAUACUGUGUGUAAUUCUCACCAUUUUUUCCUUUGCCCUGCUCUCUUCCUUCUGCUCCCCUGUGACCUCAAGAUGAGUUUUAACUUUUUAAUCACCUUAGAGUCUUGAUCUUUUCAGGGUUGGUCGCUUUUUAGUGGGGGAUUUUGUUAUAAUGAUGCUGGAUUUUGGUUUCUUUCUUUGGCUCUUAGAACAUGUUGAUGACCAGCUAGGCUUUGUUUUGAGAUGUUGGGUUGGAAAAGAUUGGCUUUUUAAAAAGCCAAUAGCAACUGCCUACCUGUUGGGGCUUUCCCAACCUCAUUCAGCUCUACCCAGGAGAAUACAGGGUUCCUCGUGUGGUCUUCUGGGCCACCCUCUGUUGUUCAUCCUCACCCAUCCUCCCAGAAUAGCUCCAUCCUUUGGAGGGCUUGAAAUUUUACAUUCAGAUUUGUCAAGGCACUCCUUUUAGCCCCAGGACUUUUGGCCUUGUUUCUUAGCAAUCCCUGGUUCUGCUCCUGCAAGUUGGUGUAGUCUGUCAUAAAAUGACAAGAUUAUUGACUGUGGAGAUUUGUAGCUAUUAGUACAUGAGGAUGACGGGGUAGGAUACAAUUGUCUUUAUUAUCACAUAUGGUAUAUAUGUAUUAUUUCCUUCCAUCCCUCCCAUUUGGAUUAUCUAUUUAUGUAGGUGUGAGUGACUGCCUGGUGCUUGCUUGUGCCAAGGUGCUAGGCACCCUCCAGCCCUGCCAACUUUUGUGGCCUCCCAAAGCAUUCCUGUUACCAAAGAGGCUUCAAACCUGACCCUCACUUCUCAGUGGACCCAAGUUUCCCUCCAUGCCAUUAUUUUCAGUGGGGAAUUCUUAGAGGGGAGCCAUUGGCCACAGUAUCAAUUUUAAAUAUUCAUAGUGUUUAUAAUCAUAAAUUUCCUGCUUUGAUGACUCCUGGAUUUGCCACCAAGAGUCCCCAAAGUAUUAAUGCUCUUCCCUUUCUCCACCCUCAAACUCUUAGUUGUAUCUUUUUUUUUUUUAAUGCAUUUCCAUGGAAGACUAUCAACUUCAGAGAGUGACAGGCCCCGGCAGUAGCAUGUUGACACGACCUCUCCCUACUCAGCAAAAUACUUCCCUUUUGGCUUCUUCCUGCUUUACCAUUAUAUUGAGAGAUUAUUUUUCUGAUUAUAUUCUCUGCCUUUGUUCCCCAAGAAACGCCCUACUUCUCGUUACCCCUUUUUUCUUGUAGUUGAAGGGAGCUAGAGAAUCAAGACUAAAAGUAAGGAAAUAACAGGGUUUUGAGCAUCCUUGUCCCAGCCCAAAGCUGAGGAGAUAAGAAUAAAUGCUUGAAAUAGCCUUAACUCUAGAGUUCACCAGCCAUUGAGGUUUUUGUGGUUGCUUUUGAUUUUUAAAACAUAUAGCUGUCUGGCCAGGAGCAUUCAACCAUUUCUAGAUUAUUCAGAGUAACAAGGGGAAUGGAGAGAUUGCUCCAGUCCACAGAUGAGCCGAAUAAUAUGCAAAUCAUAUACCCAUUCAUAGCAUUUGUUAACAUUGCUUCCCUGCUCAGCUGCUGAUUGAAUUCUGUGUGGUUGUAUAAAUUAUGUCAAAAAUUGUACUGCACGGUUGAGAAGACAGCUGUUGCUGCGGUGACAUGACAGACUGGAACAAUGAAGCUUUUGGUUUCAGCCAUCCAGGAAAAUCCUUCUGAAUGGUAAUGUGAUUGGGUGAGAACUCAUAACCCAUACUCAAGUGGGUAGGGGUUUUAUCUCCAUCUUCCUUAACUCUCUGAAGGAAUUAAAGGCCUAGAUCAAGUGCUGGAUAGUUGACAGUUGUUAGUACUUAAUCUGAUGGGCAUCUGAAAGAAAGGAUAGUCAGAAAAGAGAUUUUUCAUACAAGUAACUAAGGAUAUCCAUUAGGGUAUACUAGAAUAGGACAGAAGUAGGCCAGAGCCACUGAGGAGGUGAUCCGGGUCUCUAAGUUUGCAGGUGGAGAAAAUGACAGCUUAUCCAUGUAGCCAGAGUGUGUCUCCCAGGAGCAGUGGGUAUGUAAGCAAAGUACAGUGACCAUAUUUUUAGAGCCCAAAUCUAGCCUGUGGACAAAGAACACGACCGAAGUAUUUGGUACUAAGAUUGGUCUUGAGAAACGUGGGACACAUGGUUGCCAGGGUUAUAGGUAAUACGUAAGGCAUUCAUCAAAAUCUGAUUUCUUUUAACAAAAAAAACCCCAGUAUCAUCUACUACUCAUCACCCCUUUAAUACUUCAGUCUUCGCUCCAUUCAUCUUUUUCUGUCCACAGUUCACUGAUUCAUGGUCUUGUACUGAGUGCUGCCCAAACAACUUGUUCUCUCCCUGCCUACCCACUGCUACUUCUGUAGGAACGGAGGGAGCCAGAGGCCAAUACUGAUCUCAGCCCUCAGCAGAAAGCAGACGGAUGCCUGCCUGUUCCUUUGAGAUUUGUUAGUGCUGAGUAAGCUGUCCAGGCCCUUGGAGGAUUGCAGCCUCAAAGAGAAACCUGCAUUCAUGGGGCUUUCUCUUCUCAGAAGAGUUAGUGGCCCUGGGCUAAGCACUCUUAAACAUCUAGGUCUCAGGUGCUCAAAGUAUAUUUUUCCUAUGUUAAGUCCUCUUUCAAAACAUCUUUCUAAUGCUGAAUGUUUUCUUGUAAUCAGCAUUCAAGGAUUUAUCUUUCCUGAGAAUGUAGCAGAGCUUUGACCAGCAGAGUCUACCAAGGUCAGCAUAGCUGCUUUUCUGAGCCCUGGGCUGGGCGGAUCCCCUCACAUUAAGAUCAGCUGUUAGAGAACGUCAACCCUGAUGGAAGCACCCAUUUUUAACCUGGAGAGAGCUAUAUCAUUUUUCCUCCUGCAGUCCAGUUUUCAUCUGCUCAAGGGAGCAUUUGGACCUGUGGUGUUCCUUAGUGCUCGAAAGUCUAUGGUCCUUGGCUGGCCCCCAGCCAUAUAUCCGUACUACUUUUUUUUGUUGAAGAAAAGUUGGUCUUGUUCCUGUAGUUCCUGCAGUUUUAGAUUCUUCUUAACUUAACUCUUCGUACUUAUGCUGUAGCCUCCCCGCAAUCCAAUUUCCUUAUCUUUAGGCCAAAUCCUUUGGCCUCAGGGAAGGUGCCUGUGAUUUUCAUCUUGUGGUUUUGUCUGAUCUGUGUGUAGCCCAACUUACCUAAGGUACAGUGAGGGAUCAGAGGGAUCCCUGUUUGGGCUGGGGAGUGAUUGUUUUUGCCCUUAGGGUUCAAAUUUGAGGGCCUAAGAUAAGUUUGCAGUGACCUGAGAACUUCAGGAAGGGUUCUAUCAUUAGAUUUGAAAUGUGGAAAUGGUUUCUCACAAAUUAGGUCAAAGGAAAAGCUCAUUUUGCACCCAUGACUCCAUCCUUUUGGUUUAGGUUUUUAGAGUGUUGAGAUCUGUACCUUUGUAAUUAGACCACCAAGCAAGCAUACCUGUGUCAGGGCAGAGAGGGGAAAGGUCUGGACCCAGUGUAUUUCAGUUUCAUUUUGGCUUUACCACUAAUCAUAAAAGUUACAUUUUCAAAAAUAGAGAUGUUACCAGCCUUGCCCCCAAGAGCACAUGCUCAGAAUUGCCACCCCCCCCACCCCCAACUAAUCAUGGUGGAUUUGUAUUGAGCCAUCCACAUUCCAGCCACCUUAGUGUAAAUCAACAUGCAUUUCAUUCAACGGACAUUUUUUGGCCCUGGGGAUACCAAGUUCAAAAAGAUGCAGUCCCUGACCUCAAAGAAUUUUCAUACAGGUGUGGGAUGAACUAUUAAUAGUUCAUUGUAAUAAAUGCUACAAAUAGGCACACAUUUUAUAUUAGAGCUCAGAGACAACUAACUGGUUGGUAUGGUUUGUGGCCCUAAAGUAGGAGGGUGACAACUGGUUCGUGUGUAGAAAAGACAUGACCUUGGAUGAAUUGAACUAACUGGCCACAGAUAGACCACAACAAGGGGCUGUUUUAUUCUAGAAAAUAAAGAUAACAGGUUUGGUUAGAGAUGCUACUACGACAGAAAGGUGAGUGGAGGUUGAGAACCCCUGGCUUCAGUCCCUAUUUGAGGCUCUUUGCCACAGUAUUUAACGGUAGUUAAUCCCUGCUUGUGGAAAGUAUUAACUAUGUUGCAGAUCCAGUUACGUGUUGUUACUUUAUUGUGGGUUCUGUAAAAUGUAUUCCUUGUGGAUAUUUUAUCAGUGUUGCUCACACCUUUUUUUUCAGUUUCUCAUCCCUUUUGAAGGAAUUAACAUGAGGCUGGCUUGAAGCCUAAAACAGGGACAUACUUUCCAAUGACAAGAUUCGCAAAAAAAAAAAAAAAGGCUUGGGACACGUAACACCUGGGCAUCUAUUCUGGGCAGUGUAGUUUUAUUUAACACCUCAAGAUGGUGAUUUCUAAGCAGAGACUUGUGUCAAUUAUGUGGAAACCUCUCCCAGAAAUACACAUGACCCAGAGUUUCGGAUUUAAUCAGUCUAGGGAGGUCCAGGGUGAGGCCUAACCCUGUUAAGAAACAGUCUGACUUUAAGAAAUGUCCUAGUUCUGACCAUGUGACCACAGGAAAAAUGCUACUUUUCUCUGCCUGCAUAAUUGAGAGUUGGAUAAUUGAAAGCUUACUAAAGUGUGAAGGUUCUUUGGAUACCUUCAUAAAAAUUCUAGUUUCUUUUUGCUUGCGCUGGAUUUCUUGGAUUUUAAACUACCUCAUCUCGUCUUUUUCGAGUUACUUCAGCUUGUCGUUGCCACUUGAACAUCAUGCUUGACUGUGGUGGUUUUCUAAGAUGGAAUGUUUCCUAUUCGUUGAGAGCAUGUUUUCUUGCCUUUUAUCCUGAUACGCAUUUCACCUAACAUCAUCUCAUUUUGCUCCUCUGUCAGAGAAAUAUUUUAAGAUAGUUUAAAAUCUUGGUUCAUGGGAAGAAAGUGACCCUCCAAUGCUCUAUUUGUCUCUGAGGUCAGUGAGAGAAGGAGUUAAAACAAGGUGGUGGGGGAAGGGACAGAACCUGCACUGGAGGCAGCCGACAGGGGAAGAGCCAUUAAUUAAAACAAUUUCAAAGUCAACUGAUUGUGAUCAUUAAUGUCACAAUAGAUCAAAACCUAAUUAUCACUGCCUAGGUAAGAGCCAUCAGUAUUAAUCAGAAAAUCUAAUAGGAAACUAUUAUCAAGAAAUUAGGCCAAAUUGAAUGCAAUGAACUUCUUGCCAUUCUCUCUCCUCUCCUUUUCUUUUCUUUUCUCUCGUUUCUUUUUUUUUAAUUUGGCGAUGUCCCCUGGCAUUGGCAGGUGUGACCCUCAGUUGACUCAGGCCCCAGUGGCCAGCUUGUCAUGCUUUUUGAGAAAUUCCACCACAGACUGAACCUGAACUGUCGCUGCUGUUUUAAUCAGUCUUGAACUUUCUCAUCACCUGGUCUUACCCAGUGUGAUCAGCCGUCAGUGAAAAAAGGUUUAUAUUUAGGUCUUGGAAUGGUUGGUCCUUCCUGGAACUAGAGCGUCCCUGGUGAACGUUAUACUGUGUGUGCUGAUAAGUCAUUCUUCGAGCUUCUGAGGUGCGUAGGGUCCUGUUGCUCUGGUUACUGCAAGUAGAUAUGGAGGAAAGGAGGGGCUUCCUGCCUGGAGAUCCUUCCAGAAGACCUUAGAAGAUAGAGUUUCAUCGUGUCACGGCCCUUUUAAGGCUCAAGUCACUGUUUUGCAGUUUCCAGGAGCUUUAGUAUUUGAUUGUAAACCAGGACUGGCUGUGGGUUUAGUUUUUUUCCCCUUAGUUUUAGGGUAAGGGUCAUAGUGAUUUCUACCAGAAUCCAGUGUAAAUCCAAAGGAGGGGGGAAAAUGUUUUUUCUUUUGCCUUUCUUUUGUUAAAGAUUUAUGCCUCUGGCAGGAGGUAAGAAUAUUACAAGUGUCUUCUGACUAGUUAUAGAGAUCACUUUAUACCCUCUCCCUGAAUGGAAAAGUAAGUGUCACCGUCUAUAUCCUUAACUGUUUUUGAAGAUACUGCAACUCCUGAGGUUGAGCUGAGGCAGAAGGGGUGGAAAGAUGCUGGCCUUGGGUAUUGUGGGGAGGGAUGAGUGGCAGCAGGGGGUGUUUGGUGGUGCUGGGGUUCCUAGCUUAGCCUGUAGAGAAUGUUGCUGCUGCCACCGCAGUUGCUGGCCUUUCCCCACCAACCUUGGAGCUCAGAGCACUACCCAGACCACCACUGAGGGAGUUGUUCUUAGCUUUCUGCUUGAGUGUGGUCUUGCUUCACUCUGAAUUUUAGGAAUUUGGGUUACUCAGUAUAGAACUUUGAGAAAUUGGUGUGACUUAGUCCUUCACCUCUUAGGGUAAAGUGAGUAUUUCUUUACAAAAGAAUUCAUGCCCUUAAUGUUUAAAAUGUAAUUUUAUUUUCAAGACACCCAUUAACACAUGACUUUCAGAAGCAGCUUGUUUCUUCUCCAAGGUUCCUUGCAUUAUGCUAGAUAAAUAAUGGGCCAUCAGUUAAUACUUGUGGGUUGAUUGAGUUCAUCUGGUUUGCAGGGUGAGGUGUGCUACCGGCUUCCUUUUGCUCCCAGGUGCGCUCUAAGAUGUAAAAUGCUCCGGGGAGUGGACAGGAAUUGAGUGGAUGCUGACUAUGGUGCCAACCUCCUCAACUGAUUCAUAAUGGCUGACCUUGGGCAAGUCACUCCUUUCAAUGCCUCAGUUCCCCAUCUGUCAAAUGGGGGUAAUAAUACUGACCUACCUCACAGGGGUGUUGUGAGGCAUUGUAAAUCGAAGCUGAUAGAAUACUUGAGGGUCCUCGACGGAGGAUGCCCUGAGCCGGUGUCUAGGCCUGCCAUAGGCUUUUGUCCUCACUGAGCUGUCCCAAGGUUGGAACUACUUAGUGACCUUGGCAAAUUCUCUGCCCCCCCACCCCUCAUCAAAGCUGCUAGUUCAGAUGUUGACAGUGUUUCCAUGAAUGUUGAAGUCUUAAUAGUCCAGACUUAACUUAGGAUGUUACGGGGGAAGGCACUUAGUAUAUUUUAUGUCUUGCAUCCACAAAGAGAGGCUGUUUGAGACCCAAGAGCAUUGCAUUAGGGAAUCAGGGAUGCUGCUGCUUUCUCUGCUGGUUGGGAGUUAAGGUCCCAUACCCCGUGGGCUUGGAACAGACUUGGGUUGUCUCAGGAGCAAAGCACACACAGUGGGUUUGAUUUAUAUCUUGGCUUGCUGCUCCCUGAACUGAUCCCAGGAUGGCUGGGUCACUUCACCCCUUCGUGGUAUCUGUACCCGAGCCUUUGCCUCCCCAUAGGAACCAGCUGGUUCAAUAAACAUAACCACUUCCUCCAUCCCCCACCAAAAAAGAGCCACAUUGGAAAAUUGUUUUUCUAGAGAUAAGCUUAACACUCAGAAUUGGGCACUGAUGCUCCUGAAAGCUUCAUCCAGUUUCCUGUAUUCAGCAUCUGUCAUCUCUUUCUCGGUGUCCACUGCCUGAACCUGACUUUGACCUUUUUUCCCUCUGGUUUGGGAAAGCUUUGGACACUUUGUAUUUGCCCAGGUGUGGGCCCAAGAGCCUUGCUCUCCAUCUCAGUUUAGGGGCUCGGCUGGCUCCUCCUCCCAAUAGGGCUCUUUCUCCUUUCCCUCUCCUUGGCCCUAGAUGUGUAACCCCUGAAAAAGCACAAGGUCCUGGCCCCUUGCUGCGGUCACAUUCUGGUUCUCAGUGUUUAGCGGACUCUGCCCCUCUGUUCACUGCGCUGGCGGCACCAGGCGGUUCUGUGGAGUCCUGGAGGAUGGAGAGAGCACAGUCGGCCAUCCUGCCAAGUAGCCAGGAGUUGAUUUGCCCAUGGCCACGGGCCUUCUCACCCCUUCCCACAGGAUGGGAUCUGAGAGACUCCAGAGGCUGGGUUUCCUUCAGCACUCGGUACCAUCCUGAGUAGCAAAACAAGUCACACUUUGUAGCCAGAUUUCUGAAUGGAAAAAUGGGAAAUUGAAUUCUCUAUGGACCUUUUUGGUUUGUGGGGGAGUUUUGGUUGUGUUUCUUGGUUUUAUUUCAGCCAAACAUGUCUGCUUUUGAUUUUUUUUUUUUUUAGGAUAAGUGAUAUAUAUAUAUAUGUUCGCCUUUUAAAUGUAAAUGUUUAAAAGUAGGCAAUUUAUAUGUUUCCACAACUGACAUCUGAUGCAGACCUCAUUCUCUCCCCCUCUUCCACUCUCCUCUUUUCCCUCUUUUCAUACUCUUGUAUUGGUUCUAAUAAAUGGUUGCUUUUCAAA